AUGGGUUGGGCACUGUUCAAGGAGCAAGAGCUCAGGGAGCUGCGGGAUUCGUUGCACGCUCAACUGGCCUCCGUCAACACGCUUUUGACAGUUGCAAAACAGGCAAGUUUCAAAACCGAUAUUGUAUACCUCCAUCCUGUAAAAAGCAACACAAUUAGACUUGAGAACAGCUCACCUUCGACGCAACAAAAGACUUCCAUUUUGGCCUCGACCGCUACUCUUCCGAGUUCGGGAACAGCCCCCGAGGAAGAGCUCUCUGUCGAGCCCGAAACGGAUUCGGCACAAAUUGUACAGAUGCAGCAUGCGGGUGUCGAUAACGCCUCUUGGGAGAAGAAAGUAGAUCUAGCUACAAUCACAGUCAGGAUCGAGGCACGUAAUUAG